AUGAUCAAUCUACGUAAAACUCACCCAUUAAUAAAAAUUAUUAAUCACUCAUUUAUUGACCUUCCUGCUCCUUCCAACAUCUCUGCCUGAUGAAACUUUGGAUCCCUUCUAGGGGUUUGUUUAAUUAUCCAAAUCCUAACAGGCUUCUUUCUCGCAAUACACUACACUUCUGAUACACUUACUGCCUUCUCCUCCGUAGCCCACAUCUGUCGAGACGUUAACUACGGAUGACUUAUUCGCAACCUCCAUGCUAAUGGAGCUUCAAUAUUCUUCAUAUGCCUUUUCCUUCAUGUAGGCCGGGGAAUCUAUUAUGGGUCAUAUCUUUACAAAGAAACAUGAAACAUUGGAGUUAUUCUUCUUUUGACUGUAAUAGCAACAGCAUUUGUAGGGUAUGUACUCCCAUGAGGCCAAAUGUCAUUCUGAGGAGCCACUGUCAUCACUAACCUCUUAUCAGCUAUCCCUUAUAUUGGAACCACCUUAGCCGAAUGAAUCUGAGGAGGUUUCGCAGUAGAUAAGGCCACACUAACCCGAUUCUUCGCAUUUCACUUCAUCCUUCCAUUUAUCAUUGUAGCUCUAGCCAUCGUUCACCUCCUCUUUCUACACGAAACAGGAUCUAACAACCCCUCAGGUAUUAACCCUGACUCAGAUAAAAUUCCCUUCCACCCUUACUAUACCAUUAAAGAUGCCUUAGGCCUAGCAUUCUUAUUCCUCAUCCUCCUCCUACUAGCCCUAUUUUCCCCCGACUCACUCGGUGACCCAGACAACUUUUCUCCAGCCAAUCCACUUAAUACUCCACCACACAUUAAACCAGAAUGAUAUUUCUUAUUCGCCUACGCAAUUCUCCGAUCAAUUCCAAACAAAUUAGGUGGUGUAUUGGCCCUCCUAGCCUCCAUCUUAAUUCUCCUAAUCAUCCCAUUCCUCCAUACAGCAAACCAACGAAGCAUGAUAUUUCGACCAGUUUCACAAACCCUAUUCUGAAUUCUCACCGCCAACCUUAUUACUCUCACAUGAAUCGGAGGACAACCCGUAGAGCAACCCUUCAUUAUUAUUGGUCAACUAGCCUCUAUACUCUAUUUCCUCCUAAUUCUAGUCCUAAUGCCUCUUGCAGGCUUAUUUGAAAAUUAUAUAUUAAAACCUAAAUGAAGA